GGCAUACACCUGUAUAAAAGCUCCUCGAUUGUCAGAAUUUGCAAAACAAUGGCUGAUAUCGAAAGUGAAGAGGUGAAGAACCUUCAAAUUGAAUUUGAAUGGGUAAUGAGGGAUGAAGUUCACUCGAUAUUAAGAAAGUUAAGGGAAAUAUUAGUGGAAUGUGCUCGUCGUUUUCCUGUACCACUGUACGAUAAUGAGGGUAAACGUACAGAAAAAUUCCAUUUAGUAGCUGCCCAGGAACAAUUGAAAUGUUCUGUUACUUUGACGGGUGAUAGUAUUACACAAGCGGACAUUAGUUUCAAGUUAAAACGUUCCUCCAGCCAAGUUCAACGUACUGCUAUUACUUCAGAUGCCCCCUGGAAAUUGCAACAAGUUCAAGACGCUGCCAAUCAUUUACAACAGGCCAUCAAUCACAUCGAUAAUGUCGACGAGAAUUAUAAAUUUCGAUCAUCGGAGGAAGUUUUACAAAUAAUAACCGAACUAAUAGGAGCAUUACAACGCGGUCGUACUAGUCUCAUAAUACCAAAGAAAAAAUCUAUAGAUGAUUUAAUGAAGGGUAGAAAUAUGAAAUCCUUAACGCCCAAUCUACCAGAAGAUCAAGCAAUAUCGUUUUUCUUACAAUGUCACAAAUUGAUCAUAGCAGUCUAUCAAUUGCUAAAUGUCCAGGGUACUAUGAAAAUGGAAGCAACACAGGCUGAAUGUUCGGUAGGUUGGCUUAAUGAUGUUUUAGUAUUAUUUACCGUAGGUUUGACUUUGUGUCAACAGCUCAAAGAUAAAAUGAAUGCAUUUAAAAUGGAUACCAUAAGUUAGUAAAAUUUGUACUUACAAAAAUGCAUAAUACGUAUUUUCAAAAACAAACCAACAUACAUACAAAAACCCCCCUUUAUUUC